GCAGAAUUUAACGCUGACGAGCUGCCCCAGUUUGAGCUGAAGAGUUUAAAACAUGAAGAGUGCUGGAGCUGUGCUGCUGUUGCUGUGGUCUGGUGUGGUUGUGGCUGCAGCAGAGCGUGGAGGCCUCCAUCACCAGGCCACAGGUGUAGCUGCAGCCUCCACCCAGCAGAGUGACCUGACGGAGGUCCGCGCCAUGCAGAGACAGAUGAUCGCUCAGAUGGCAGAGCAGAGAGAGGAGCUCCGGCUGGCCAAAGCCCAACUGGAGAAACAAGUAGAGGAACUGAAGAAUGGAGCACUCAAGCCCCUUCCGUAUCCUGCCAAUGUGGCCUUCUCCACCUCCUUCUCUGUGAAGACUGACAAACACAUCGGACCCUUCCAGAAGGACACCACCCUGCUAUUCGAUUGUGUCUUCACCAACAUUGGCGAUAGCUACGACAAAACCAAAGGCCUGUUCACGGCUCCACGCGAUGGCGUCUACCAGUUCAACUACCACAUCUUUGCCGGAGGCGACAACGGAGCCGGAGCCAAGCUCAUCAAGAACCAGGAUCAGAUUGUGGCCGCCUACAACCACAAGGCCCCUCACGACAUCAACACGUCCCAGAGCGUGAUUCUGAAGCUGCAGUCUGGCGACACGGUGUGCCUUCGUCUGGAGGCUGGCUGGUGGGUCGCGGCCUACACCGGACAUCUCACCACCUUCAGCGGACAUAUGCUUUUCCCCACCUCAGAACGAUAAAGUCAACUAUCUAUCUCUAUUGUAUCUAUCUAUCUAUCCAUCUCUCUGCUCCUCAUGUGAUUUACUCGUCUGUGCCCACGGUGCUGAUUUGUCUGCAUGUGCUGAUGGGUUUCACUAUGUGGUGUUCAGAUCCAAAUAAAAUGAUCAACGCUUUCACAUAA